AUGAGUUGCUGGGCGCCGUUGGCGCGGCUGGGGGCGUGCGCGCCGAGCAACGGCAUCGUGGCGUGUCUGAACGCGUGCGACGGCCCCACCAUCGACUGCUACGACACCUGCUACACCGACUCCGGCUGGCUCCCACCGCUCUCCACCGCUGAGCUCAUCGCGUUCCCCAUCUCCGCUUGCUGCCUGCUGGCCAUGUCGCUUGUUAUCUCCUGCAUGAUGUCGUCUACUCUCGGACUCGAUAUGGCCACGUUGCAGGUAACCCCCGCUGCUGAUAUCCAGUACUGUUCCACGGUACUGUCCCCCGUUUCCCCCCCGUCUCCCCCAUUUCCCCCCUUCUCCCCCAUUUCCCCUUUUCUCCCCCCCUCCCCCCCCACCCUUCCGCCUCUCCGCGUGCUGCCUGCUGGGCAUGCAGCAAUGGAUGGCGUGGACGAGAGGCUUGGGGCGGCAAUGGAUGGAGUGGACGAGCGGCUGAGGUGGCAGGCUGCCAAGGUGGCAGCGCUGCGCACACGUGGCAGUCUGCUGCUCACCACGCUAUUGGUCGCCAGCACCAGCGUCAACGUCAGCUUCACGCUCUUCGUCUCAGGCGUGUUGGGCAUGGUGAUGGGGUUUGUCCUCUGCGUGCUGCUCAUCCUGCUCUUCGCUGAAACCACUCCUCGCAUUCAUCCCACCCGUUACGCCACUCCCCACUGCUCUCCACCCGCUGCUCCUCCCAGGCGUGUUGGACAUGGUGAUGGGGCGUGUUGGGCAUGGUCAUGGGCUUCAUCCUCUGUGUGCUCCUCAUCCUGCUCCUCACCGUGUUCCACCACUCUCCACCGCUUUCCACCCCGCUCUCCCAGGCGUGUUGGGCAUGCUGAUGGGAUUCAUCCUCUGUGUGCUCCUCAUUCUGCUCUUCGUCGAAAUCGCUCCCCCGGCCAUCUGUGCGCGCCACUCCCUCCGCAUCGCCUCCGCCACCGCAUGGCUCGCCCGCCUGCUGCUGCUGCUGCUCUCGCCCGUGGCUUACCCCGUCAGCCUGCUGCUGGACCGGUGCCUCAACAACCAGGAGGACGAAGAGGAGAGCAGCUUGCGACGUGGGCUCCUGUGCGGGUGAGUGUGCUUUUGUGUGUGGGAAGAGUGGGAGAUGGAGAGGGAGAGGGAAAAGGAGAGGGAAAAGGAGAGUCAGCCACACUCCCUCCGUAUCGCCUCCGCCACCGCAUGGCUCGCCCGCCUGCUGCUGCUGCUGCUGUCGCCGGUGGCAUAUCCCGUCAGCCUGCUGCUGGACCGAUACCUCAACAACCAGGAAGACGAGGAGGAGAGCAGCUUGCGACGCGGGCUGCUGUGUGGGUGAGUGUCCUUGUCGUGGCUCGCCCGUCUGCUGCUGCUGCUACUGCUGCUGCUGCUGCUGUCGCCGGUGGCAUAUCCCGUCAGCCUGCUGCUGGACCGAUACCUCAACAACCAGGAAGACGAGGAGGAGAGCAGCUUGCGACGCGGGCUGCUGUGCGGGUGAGUGUGUGUGCGCGCGUGAGGGGAUGGGGUGACAGAGGCUCCAGCUGUGCGGAUCCCUACUGCAUGAAGCACGGCGGCUCAGCGGGCUCCUCCCCUCGCAUCUACAUCACCAACCCCCUCGCCAACCCGCCCUCCCUCGAAUUCCCCGACACCACCGCCUCUGCCCUCGACACUGGGAGUGCUGCUCCUGCUGCUCCUCCCGCUGCUUCUGCCGGUGCUGCUGCUGCUGCUGGUGGCGCUGCUGCUGGUGCCGCAGCCAUAGCCGUCGGCACAGCAGCAGCAGCAGCAGCAGCAGCAGCAGCAGCAGCGGGUGGUGCUGCCGUUGCUGGCGCAGCAGCAGGAGCAGGAGCAGGAGCCCAGCCUACCUCUGCCUCCUUCUCAUCCCGAGAAGCAGGGGGGGCUGCGGGGGAAACAGGCGAGCAGACGGAGGAGAGGGAUGAAGAGGAAGAAGAGGAGGAGAGUGCGGCGCUGUAUUCAGAGGACAUGGACUCCAACACCAGAAUGCACAUGGCUGGAUUCGGCGCCAUGCCCCCUAGGUCUGGCCAGUCUGGCCAGUACGACUCGAGUCGCUCCAAGCCCGUCAGCGGCGGCAGCGACUCUCCCCUGCGGCGCCGAAUCGAGCAGGCAGCUGACCGGGCCGCUGCUGCUGCUGGUGCUGGUCCCUCCACGCCUGCUGGUGCCAGCACUGGUGGGGGGGAGAGCGGGAGGAAAACGGAGAGUGGGGCGAUAGGAGAGAGUGGAGCGAUCGGAGAGAGCGGGGAUGAGGUGGUGAUGGCGCUGCCUGUGGGGGAGAGUCAGGAGUAUACGAGUGUGGAGGUUGGGGAGGAGGGGGAGGGGUACAGCACUCGGGAGGAGGAGAGUAGUGAGAAGGUGGGGAGGGGAGGGAGAGGAGGGAGUGGGAGAGGAGGGAGAGGAGGGAGUGGGAGAGGAGGGAGUGGGAGAGGAGGGGAGGAGACGGCAGAGGAGUCGGACGAAGUGCCGAUGGCACUGCCAACGUCUUCUGAUGAUGUUGAUACGGAGUCAGACGACCAGAGGAGGAACCUCGGACGGACUCCGCCGCAGCCCCCCCCUCCACCACCCACUCCCGCCACCCCUGCCGCUGAUUCCCCUGCUGGUGCCGCUGCUGCUGGUGUGGUAGCGGGGGCAGCAGUGGGGGCAGCGGCUGGAGCAGCAGCAGCCGCAGCAGCGGGAGGAGGGAUGGGGUUGAGAAGCAGACCAGUGAUGCACGAGACGAUAGUUGAGAUUGGGUCUGAAGGGGAAGGAGAGGAGGAGGAGAGUGAGGAUGAGAGGAGUGAGGAGGAGGAUGUUGUAGAGGCAGAGGCUUAUAGCGGGGAUAGUGGUGCUGUGCAAUCAGGGGCAGCAGGAGGGGUAGCAGCAGGAGCGGCAGGAGCAGCAGGAGCAGCGGCAGCAGGAGGAGCAGCAGUUGGAGGAGCAGCAGGAGCAGCAGUAGGUGGUGCUGGUACCAGUGGUGCUGCUGCUUCCACUUCAGCAGCGUUGACCCCACCACCUGCCAUAGCAGCAGGAGCAGCGGAAGGAGCAGGCACAGCAGGAGCAGCAGAAGCAGGAGGAGGAGCGGCAGGGGCGGGAGGGAUGAGUGUGGCUGAGGGAUUUGCAGCAGCAGCCGCAGCUGUGGGUGCAUUUGCGCUCAUGCCAUUCCGAUGGGGGCAGAAGCAGCCGACGCAGCAGGAGGAGGAGAAGCAGCAGCAGGGUGAGAAGAAGGAACCAUCACCACCAGCAUCCCCAUCAGGGCGGAUACAAGUGGUUGUGCACGGUACAGGGGGGCCAGGAGGGGUAGGAGGACCCAGCAGCAGCAGCGGUGGCAGCUGGAGAGACAACAGCAAGGAUGUUGAUAGCAAGGGAGACUCUUUGCCAGGAGGACCCAUGGGUCCAUCCCCUCUCCCUCCCCCACCUGCUGACCCCCGCCUCUCCGCCUUUCCCCCUACCGCCCCUCCCCCUCCCGCUGGCCCUUCCGCCUCCCCCUCCUUCCCCCUCCGACCCACACCCGCGCCCGCUCCCCCCGCUGCCUUCCCUGCGUCCUCCGAAGCGCCCUCCUUUCCCCUGCGGCCGAUUCCUGCUGGUGCGGCUGCUGAUGCCGCUGCUGGUGCUGCUUUAGCCAGUGGCAGCGGCCGUGGGGGUGGGGGAGAAGCGGCGGAAGAGGGGAGGAGCAUGGGGUUUGAGAGGGACGAGUCUUGGGCCACGGCACCUGAAGGGGGGAGGAGUGUGAGGUUUGGGAGAGAUGAGUCAUAUGCAACAGCAUAUGAUAGUGAAGGGGGUGGUGGCGGUGAGGAGGAGGGUGAUGGAGCCGGUGCUUCUGCUAGCGCUGCUGCUGCUGCAGCAGGGGCAGCAGGGGUGGCAGGAGCGGCAGGAGCAGCAGGAGGGGUAGGUUCGGCAAGUGGUUGGGGAUCGCGCCGGCCGCCGCUAGGUCCGGGAGCAGCAGGUUCGGCAGGCACGCCUGCGUCCUUGGCUCGGGGCCGGCCGACCAGUGCUAGCACCACUGCAUCCCGGAGCUCUGCUGAUUGGUCGAGCCCGGACGAAUCAGAGUUUGAGUCGAGAAAUACUGACACUUUGUUAAGUGCUGAGAGGAGUGUGACUCCUAGCGGGGAUAGGAUGAUGGGGGUUGCGGAUGGAGGGGAGAGAGGGGAGAGAGACAUGGGGGCGAAUGAUGCUUUGACUAGUGCAAUCAUGGCUUCGUCUAUAUCAGCUGCGGCUGCUGUUGAGAUGGCAAGGCAACGGCAGCAGCAGCAGCGACAGGAGGAGGAGGAGAGGCGGAAGCAGGAGGAGCAGGCAGGAGGUGGUUUGAGACAGCAAGGAGGGAGAAGCAGAGGGGGGGAAGGGGAGAGGGAGGGGAGUGAGAGAGAGUGGUCGUUUGCAUCGAGUGAGGAGGAGGAGGAGGAGGAGGAGGAGGAAGAGGAGGUGCCUGUAGGUGAAGUGUUGACGUCAGGAGAGCAAACGAGUGGUCAGAUGCAGCAACAGCAGCAGUGGCAGCAGCAGCAGCAGCAGCAGCAGAUGGGUGUUGCUGCGGCGGGUGCGGGUAGGAGGAGGAAGGAGGUGAGUUUUGAUGAAGGGUUGUCGUCUGGGUCUGCUGUUUCGGCUGCGGUGGUUUCGUCGUCUGCUUCUGGUGUUUAUGGCGGCGCGGGAUGGGGGGAUGGUGAGGGGAAUAGCGGUGUUGUGACUGCUGAGGUUAUUGAGGAGGAGGGUGAAGAGGAGGAGGAGGAGGAGGAAGAAGAAGAGGAUGAGGAUGAGGAUGAGGAUGAGGAUGAGGAGGAGGAUGAGGAUGACGAGGAGGAGGACGAAGAAGAUGAGGAGGAUGAGGAAGACGAAGAGGAGGAUGAGGAAGAAGAUGAGGAGGAUGAUGAGGAGGAGGACGAGGAGGAGGACGAGGAGGAGGAAGAGGAAGAGGAAGAUGAUGAGGAAGAGGAGGAGUAUACAGAGACAGAGGAGGGUACAGAAGAAGUUACGGAGGAGGAAGAGGAGGAGGAGGAGGAAGAGGAGGAGGAGGAGGAGGAGGAGGACGAGGAGGAGGAAGAGGAGGAGGAGGAAGAGGAAGAGGAAGAGGAGGAGGACGAGGGGACAGAAGUCACAGAAGUGACAGAGGAUUAUGAGGAGGAGGGAGAAGGGGAGGAGGAGGAGGACGACGAAGGAGAGGAGGGGACAGAAGUCACUGAAGUGACAGAGGAUUAUGAGGAGGAAGGAGAAGGGGAGGUUGAAGAGGAGGAGGAUGAGGAAGGGGAGGAGGAGGGGACUGAGGCAACGGAAAUGACUGAGGAAUAUGAGGAGGAAACGGAAGAGGAGGAAGAAGAGGGGACUGAAGAGACAGGAGCAAGUGAGGAGUAUGAGGAGGAAGGAGAUGAAGAGGAGGAAGAGACAAUGGAGGGAACAGAGGAGGAAGUGACUCAAGAGACAGAAGAGGAGGAAUAUGAGGAGGAGGAGGAAGAGGAGGAGGACGAGGAGGAGGAAGAGGAGGAGGAAGAGGAGGAAGAGGAGGAGGAGGAGGGGACUGAAGAGAUGACGGAGGAGGGAACGGAGGUGACUGAAGAGGAGGUGACUGAAGAGGUGACAGGAGAGGAAGGAACGGAGGUGACAGAAGAAGUGACAGGGGAAGAGGUGACUGAAGGGACAGGAGCAAGUGAGGACUAUGAGGAGGAGGAAGAGGAAGAGGUGACUGAAGAGGAGGUGACAGGGGAAGAGGUGACUGAAGAGACUGAGGAGACAGAAGAGACUGAGGGAACAGGGGAGGGGGAGGAAGAGGAGGAAGAAGAGGAGGAAGAGGAGGAGGAAGAGGAGGAGGAAGAGGAGGAAGAAGGGACGGAAGGAGAUCAGGGAGGGUCAUUCUAUGGAGAGGAGGAGGAAGGGGGGGAGGGGGAGGUGACAGUUCACACUAUAGGCGAGGAGCAAACGAUUGAUGAUGAUGUGACUUCUAUGACUGAAUCCCAGCUUGCCUUAUAUGAUGAAGUGGGGCAGAUGGUAACGGAGACAGAAGGGGAGACGGAGAGUGAGGGGAGUUAUGAUGGCGUUCCAGGUGCUGGGGCGGGUGGGGCGGGAGAGGGCGAGGGAGAGACGGAGGGGGAGACGGAGGGAGAGGAGGAAGAGGGGGAGGAGGAGGAGGAGGAGGAGGAAACAGAGGAGGGAACAGAGGGGGAAGGGGAGGAAGAGGAGGAAGAGGAAGAGGAAGAAACAGAGGAGGGAACAGAGGGGGAAGGGGAGGAAGAGGAGGAGGAGGAGGAAGAAACAGAGGAGGGAACAGAGGGGGAAGGGGGAGAAGAGGAGGAGGAGGAAGAGGAAGAAACAGAGGAGGGAACGGAGGGGGAAGGGGAGGAAGAGGAGGAAGAGGAAGAAACAGAGGAGGAAACGGAGGGGGAAGGGGAGGAAGAGGAGGAAGAGGAAGAAACAGAGGAGGGAACAGAAGGUGAAGGGGAGGAAGAGGAGGAAGUGACAGAGGAGGAAGAAGAGGAGGAGGAGGAGGAGGAGGAGGAGGAGGAGGAGGAGGAGGAGGAGGAGGAGGAGGAGGAGGAGGAGGAGGAGGAGGAAGAGAAGGAGGAAGAGGAGGAGGAAGAGGAGGAGGAAGAGGAAGAGGAGGAGGAGGAGGAGGAAGAGGAGGAGGAAGAGGAGGAGGAUGGAUCGAUAAGUGUGGUGCCUCUGAAGGAAGAGAGUAGCAGAGAGCAGGACACAGGGGAGGGAGGAAAACAGGGCUCGUCACAAGAAGAGGCAGAGACAGAGGAAGAGACAGAGGGAGAGACAGAGGGAGAGACAGAGGGAGAGGGAAGCAGCACAGAGGGAGAGGAGGGGGGAGGGAGAGAGGCGGGGUAUGCUGCGAUUGCAGCGGCAGCAGCCGUGGUGGCGGCGGCAGGCGGUGGUGCCUCUGCUGCUGCUAUUCGCAUGCAGCAAGCUGGGAGUUUCAACCGCGAGAUGGGAGCUGGUGGUGCUGCUGGUGAUGGCGGGGGUAUGUGGGGUGGGAGCAGGCGAGGCAGCAGGCAGAACACAAACGAAUGGCCUGCCCCUCAGUCAGUACAGCAGCAGCAGCAGGGGAGCAGAGCAGGCAGCAGGCAGAACACGAAUGAAUGGCCCACUCCUCAGUCGGUCCAGCAGCAGCAACAGCAGGGGAGCAGAGCAGGCAGUAGGCAGAACACCCAAGAGUGGCCGGCUCCUCAGUCGGUCCAGCAGCAGCAACAGGGGAGCAGAGCGGGGAGCAGGCAGAACACCCAAGAGUGGCCGGCUCCUCAGUCGGCUCAGCCGCAGCCACAGGGGAGCAGGCAGGGCAGCAGGCAGAACACUCAAGAGUGGCCCACACCCGCUUCAAUCCAGAAGCAGCAGCAGGCGGGAAGCAGACCGAGCAGCCGACCAGGCAGCAGGCAGAACACCCAAGAAUGGCCGUCUCUACACGAAACAGGAGGCGCAGGAGCAGGAGGAGGAGGAGGAGCGGUGGUAAUGCCACUCGAAGCCCCGUCCGUCCCUCUGAGACACAUUGACUCUUCCGCGCGGCUGGCCACUGGGAGCACUGACCAGAGCGAUCCGAACUGGCGCGCGCACCUGCGGCCGGCAGGCCCGCUGGCUAGCAGUCAGCCGGAGAGCAACAGCCGGCAAAACACUGUUGACUGGAAGGCAGCGCUAAGACCCGCUGGAGAGAGAGGGGUUGGGGCCGUUGGGCCUAGUCCGCGAGCCAGCCCACAUGUCAGCCCCCACCCUAGUAGACAUGCGAGUCCCCACCCUAGCAGGCGCACCAGUCCUCAUACCAGUAGGGUCAACACUAAGGAAUGGCCGGGAGGGAGUGGGGUGAAUGGCCACAGCAGCAGUAGAGUUGAGCCCGAUCCGGAUGGUGUUGCCGCUGCUGCUGCAGGUGCAGGUGUUGCUGUGGGUGCUGGUAAUGGUGCAGACGGUGCGGGGGGGUUGAAUGCGAUACAGCAGCGGAUUCUGGAGUGGCAGCAAGCUGCAGGCUCGUCCACUCCCCACACUCCUCGCAGUUCAGGGGGCUCGCAGGGGAAUUCCCAAGGCAACUCCCAAGGCAACUCCCAAGGCAACUCCCAAGGCGACUCCCAAGGCAAUUCCCGAGGCAACUCGCCAGGUUUGGAAGGGCUGGAUCGGGGUAGCAGCGGGAGGCUGAGUAGGAGCGGCAGCAGUGCGAGCGGUUACACUGAAGGGGAUAAUGAGGAGGACAAUGAGGAGGAUAAUGGUGGGGACGGGGCGGGUGGGGACGGGGAUGGGGCGAGUGUUGCAAGCGGGGCCAGUAUCGGCAGCAGCGGCAGGGGGAGCAGCAAAAGGAGUGGCUUCAGUGGGAGGUAUGAGGGGAGUUAUUUGGAUAUGAGUGACCAUAGCUCAGGGUACCUUCCUUACCGAUCCUCCCCUUUGCCUCGGGUAAAGGCCGAGCCUCAAAAGUUGGCUCCAGGUCCGGCAUUGUAUGGUGGGUUUUCUUGGCUCGAUGCAGGGUCGAGGAGCGGAAGAGGUGGGACAGGUUCGGCGGGCGGAGCAGGUCCGGGGGCAGGUUCGGGUGCAGGCGCUGCAGAUUCGGGAAAUGCAGGUUCGGGUGAGGGGCGAGAAGGGAGCGAGGGAGUGGGGGCUGGACACAGGGAGGCUGAAGGGGGAACGAGAGAUGGAGUGAGAGGGGGGGAAGGGCACAGUAGGCAUGGGCGCCCGGACCUCGUUCCAGAGCUGAGCCUCGAACCGAAGCUAGAGGCUCGGGAGGAGCAGGAAGGGAGUAGAGGCAUUGGGGAAGGAGGGGUGCAAGGGGCGAGCUGGAGAAGUCAUGGGACAGAAGUAACUGGUGAGAAUGGUGAGACUGGUGAGGGGGAAGGGGAGGAGAGCGAGGAGGGGAGUGAGGAGGGGAGUGAGGAGGAGGAAACAGAGGAAGUGACAGAAGAAGUGACAGAGGAAGGGAGUGAGGAGGGGAGUGAGGAGGGGAGUGAGGAGGAGGGAACAGAGGAAGUGACAGACGAAGUGACAGAGGAAGGGAGCGAGGAGGGGAGUGAGGAGGAGGAGGGAACAGGGGAAGUGACAGAGGAAGGGAGUGAGGAGGUGACUGGGGAGGCAGAAGAGACAGAGGGAGAGACAGAGGGAGAAACGGAGGGAGAAACAGAAGGGGAGACAGAAGAGGAAACCGAGGGAACAGAAGGUACUGGGGAAACAGAGGAAACAGGAAUGACUGGCGAGACAGAAGAAACUGGGGAAGAGGAGGAGGAGGAAGAGGAAGAGGAGGAGGAUGAGGAGGAAGAGGAGGAAGAGGAGGAGGAAGAGGAGGAGGAGGAAGAAGAGGAGGAUGAGGAGGACGAGGAGGAGGAAGAAGAGGAAGAGGAAGAAGAGGAGGAAACGGAGGAGGGAACCGAGGGGGAAGGGGAGGAAGAGGAAGAGGAGGAGGAAGAGGAGGAAGAGGAAGAGGAGGAGGAAGAGGAGGAAGAGGAAGAGGAGGAGGACAAUGUUGAUCAAUUCAACACACAUAACGCCCUCCCACCCUUAUACAGACACCAGCACCAGCAGCAGCAGCAGCAGUCCCAGCACCCUCCCCUGCAUCCCAGUCUCAAGACCCACACCAGCGCCGCCACUGGCCCUUCCGCCUUCCCUCCCCGCACCUCUGGCCGAAGCAGCCGGCAGGUUUCCUUCCAGGAGGAUGUUCAGCCGGCAGCUAGCAGGCUAGCCGGCAGUUCUGGUGCCACUGGGAGUGGGGCCUAUGGGAGCGGGAGCUUCGGGGGGAGGUUAGGGAGUGGGAACUAUGGGGGGGGUGGUGUGGGGGGGGGAGGGGAUUAUGGGGCGAGGCUGGGGAGGAGUAAUCUUGCGGGGGAGCAAGGGAGUGGGAAUUAUCGGGGAGAGGAGGCGUAUGGGAGUGGGAAUUACGGGAGUGAGGCAUAUGGGAGUGGGAACUAUGCCAAGGGGCAUGCCUUGGGGAGUGGGAACUAUGGGAGUGAUGGGUACGGCAGUAGUGCAUAUGGCGGGAGUGGUAACCACGGCGCGAUGUUACAUGGGGCUGGGGGGAGCGGGCUGGGCGGCAGACUAGGAAGUGGGGGCGGGGUGGGCGGCAGAUUGGGGAGUGGGAAUAUGGGGAGUGGGAAUAUGGGGAGUCAGGUCAGUGGGAGUGGGAACUACGCAGGGAAACUAGCCCCUGUGAGGUCGCCCAGUGAUAGUGGGCAGAGUGAGGGGCAAAGAGAGGGAGAGAGCGGAGGAGAGGGAGGAGUGGGAGAAGAGAGAGGAGGGAAGGGAGGGGGAGGAGGGCCGAUUUGGGAGACGGACGAGGAGCAGAGUCAGGCAACAAUGAGCAUGGAGAGGGGGGAGGAGCAUCGAAGCAUGGAGAGGCAGGAGGAGGAUCAAAGAAUGGCGACGCAGGAGGAGGAACGUGGCAUGGAUGCAGCAGCGGCUCAAGCACCACCGCAAGCAGCACAAGAACCAAUGAGUGCAGCUGACGCAUCUGCCUCACCUCCCAAGUCAGUGAAGAAAGGAGGAUGGCUGGAGAACCUGUGGGGCAAGUAG